AUGCAUCUCAUUGCCGCAACUCUCCUCUCUCUGGGUCUCGCUUCGGCCUACGACCUCCCAGACAACCUUAAGCAAAUCUAUGACAACCAUAAGUCUGGAAAAUGCAACAACAAGCUUGCCGGCGGCUUCAGUGACGGCAUCAACGGUGAACACACCUUUGCCUACUGCGGGGACAUUUCCAACGCCAUCUACCUCCACAGUUCGGCCAAUGGUGGCCAGUACGAUAACAUGGAUAUCGACUGCGACGGACUGAACUCCAAAGGCGGCGAUUGCGGUGCCGACGAGACCGGACAGGGCCAGACCGCAUUCAAAGACCAGCUCAGCAAGUACGGCAUCGAGGACCUCGAUGCCAACGUGCACCCCUAUGUCGUCUUCGGCAACACGGACUUCGACCCUCAAGAGUAUGGUAUGGAACCACUGAGUGUGAUGGCCGUGGUUUGCAACAACCAAGUGCUGUACGGAAUCUGGGGUGACACUAACGGCGAGGACUCGACUGGUGAGGCUUCGAUCUCAUUGGCUCAGAUGUGUUUCCCCGAUGAUAAUAUCAAUGGCAAUAAUGGGCAUGGCGAUGAGGAUGUCCUGUAUAUUGGGUUCACUGGCAAGAAUACUACCCCUGGCAAUGACGCAGACUGGAAGGCUGGGGAUCGCAACGCGUUCGAGGAGAGUAUCAAGGAACUAGGUGAUAAACUUGUUGCGGGUCUUUCCUAG